AAGGAUGAAAAGAUGGCUGACUUUUCACUACCGUGUUCUAACCAUUUCCGCCAGUUCACGCCUGAAUCUUUGGCUGCUAUUGAGAAGCGAAUUGCUGCCAACAAGAAAUACAAAGACCACCAACCUAAAGAGAAACCUCGUCCCCAACUUGACCUGCAGGUUUUCCAAAAGCUGCCUACUCUCUAUGGGAAUCCUCCUCAGGAGCUUGUUGGGAAACCACUGGAGGAUCUUGACCCUUAUUACAAUGAUCACAAGACAUUUAUGGUAUUGAACAAAAGGAAAACAAUCUUCCGAUUUACUGCCACACGUGCCUUGUGUAUACUUAGCCCUUUUCAUCCGAUCAGAAGAACAGCGAUUAAAAUUUCAGUACAUUCAUUGUUCACUAUUUUUAUUAUGUGCACUAUUUUAAUCAAUUGUGUCUUCAUGGCUAUAUUUGAGACUCGUAGGAAGUCUAAGUCACCUAAAUUUCGUGACUGGAGCAAGUAUGUUGAGUACACGUUCACAGCCAUUUACACUUUUGAAGUACUGAUAAAAAUAUUGGCAAGAGGAUUCUGGCUGAAUGAAUUCACUUUCCUCCGAGAUCCGUGGAAUUGGUUGGAUUUCAGUGUCAUUGCUAUGGCAUAUGCAAGGGAGUUUAGUGAUCUAGGCAAUGUUUUGGCCCUUCGUACAUUCAGGGUUCUGAGAGCUUUAAAAACUAUUUCAAUACUCCCAGGACUGAAGGUCAUCGUAAGUGCACUUAUCCACUCUGUUAAGAAGCUCGCUGAUGUGAUGAUCCUGACCAUUUUCUGCUUGAGUGUCUUUGCCCUCAUAGGCCUCCAGCUCUUUAAAGGCAAUUUGAGACAUAAGUGUGUCAGGAAUUUUAACUUCACCAAUGGAACUCUUUAUUUGGAUGACAAAAAAUGGGGCUCCCUUGAUGAGUUUAUUAAUGAUACAGAAAAUGUUUUGAAGAAGAAUGGCACCAAGGAUGCCUUAUUGUGUGGCAACAGCUCAGAUGCUGGCUCCUGUCCACCUCAAUAUGUAUGUCUCAAAGUUGGGGGAAAUCCUGAUUUUGGCUACACAAGUUUUGAUACAUUUGGCUGGGCCUUUCUUUCCUUGUUCCGCCUAAUGACACAAGAUUACUGGGAGCGUCUCUAUCAACAGACUCUCAGAGCUUCUGGGAAGAUCUACAUGCUCUUUUUUAUGCUGGUCAUCUUUGUGGGCUCAUUUUAUCUGAUCAACUUGAUCCUGGCUGUAGUGACUAUGGCAUACGAAGAGCAGAACAAAGCUACUAUUGCUGAAACUGAGGCAAAGGAAAGGAGGUUUCAGGAAGCCAUGAAACUGUUGAAAAAAGAGCAAGAGGCAUUGACUGCUAAAGGAAAUGAUACGAAGUCACUUUGCUCCUUUGAAAUGUCACCUUUACCCUCCAAAGAAGUCAAAGAUAGAAGCAAUAGGAGAAAUCAAAAUAUGUCCUUAGGGAUAGAAGAUUAUGGGGAAGAUCAAAAAAUUCCCAAAUCACAGUCCAGUAGCCAUCAACAAAACCUGACCCCUGUAUGUGAUGAAGUGAGCAAGAAGCAUUUGCCCCAUCAUCUGUCAGUGGACUAUUUUAAUGAGCCACUACAAAGUCAAAGGGCAUCUGGGGCAGUCAGUACCAUUACCUGUGUCCUGGAAGAAUCGCAACAGAAAUGCCCUCCCUGCUUGAAGGACUUUGCCCUAAAAUAUCUUAUUUGGGAAUGUUGUCCACUGUGGUUGAGAAUCAAGAAAAAGGUGACAAUUUUAGUAAUGGAUCCAUUUACUGACCUCACUAUCACUCUUUGCAUCGUGAUGAAUACUAUCUUUAUGGCACUAGAGCACUAUAAAAUGACAAGAAAUUUAAAAUUCAUGCUUGACGUAGGCAACAAGGUAUUUACUGGAAUUUUUACUGCAGAAGUGAUCUUGAAACUCAUUGCUCUAGAUCCCUACUACUAUUUUCAGCAGCCUUGGAAUAUUUUUGACAGCAUAAUUGUCACCGUAAGCUUAAUUGACUUGAGUAUACACACCAAGGCUAAAGGAAGAAAAGAACAUGGAAACCUGUUAGUUUUACGUUCCUUCAAACUGCUGAGGGUCUUCAAACUGGCAAAGUCCUGGACAACUCUGAAUACACUUAUUAAAAUCAUUGGUAACUCAGUGAGUGCUGUGGGUAACCUUACCCUGGUUCUGGCAAUCAUAGUCUUUAUAUUUGCUGUAGUAGGAACGCAACUUUUUGGUAAAAGCUACAAAAAACAUUGCUCUAAAAUAAGUGACGAUUGCAAGCCACGUUGGCAUAUGAUGGAUUUUUUCCACUCAUUCCUUAUUAUAUUCCGAAUUCUGUGUGGAGAAUGGCUUGAAACCAUGUGGGAUUGUAUGGUGGUAGCUGGGCAACCAUUAUGCCUUAUUGUCUUCUUGCUGGCCAUGGUGAUAGGAAACCUAGUGGUUCUCAACCUGUUCAUUGCACUACUGCUGAACUCCUUCAGUGCUGACAACCUCCAAGCACCCGAAGAUGAUGCAGAGAUGAACAACCUUCAGAUCGCAUUUGCUCGGAUCCACAAAGGACUUCGCUUGCUGAAACACACAACAUGGGAUUACUGUUGUGGAAAGCUCCGGCAACCAAAGAAAGCCACCAAAAAGAAAAUGAAAUUGGCUGCUGAGAACACAUGUGUGGAGAUUGGGAAAGAAGGGAAGAACUGUAAAGAAAAUCACAGUGACAAUGUGACUGAGAAGAAUGGAGAGAAAUGCUCUGUUAGCAUUCUUGAAGAUUUUAUCACCAACCCCAACAUGUUUGUCUGCGUCCCUAUUGCUGAAGCAGAAUCUGAUAGUGAGAACUAUGAAGAAGGUGAUAAUAAUUCAAGUACAUUCACAAAAAUGGAAUACAGUAAACAGCAGCUUGAUGACAUCAGCUGUUCUGAAGGCAGCACAGUGGAUCUGACAAAUCCUGAGGAGCUUCUGAAACAGAUCCCUGAGCUGGCUGAAUACUUCAAGAAACCUGAUAACUGUUUUCCAGAAGGCUGUAUUCGAGGUUCCCCUUGCUGUUCCGUGAAUACCACAAAGUUUCCAGGCAAAACAUGGUGGAACCUGAGGAAAACAUGCUACAAAAUUGUUGAACACAACUGGUUUGAAAGCUUUAUCAUAUUCAUGAUUCUGCUAAGCAGUGGAAGCCUGGCAUUUGAAGAUAUACAUCUUGGGAAAAGAAAAAACAUUAAAAUGAUGUUGGAAUUUUUUGAUAAAAUCUUCACUUAUAUCUUUGUCCUGGAGAUGUUUCUGAAAUGGGUGGCCUAUGGAUUCAAGAAAUAUUUCACCAAUGCCUGGUGUUGGCUUGACUUCCUAAUUGUAGGUGUCUCUUUAGCAAGCCUUACAGCUAACUCACUUGGAUAUGACGAAAUGGGACCCAUGAAAUCCCUUAAAACCCUGAGAGCCUUGAGACCACUAAGGGCAUUGUCACAAUUUGAAGGGAUGAGGGUGGUUGUGAAUGCCUUAGUAGGUGCCAUCCCUUCCAUCAUGAACGUUGUGCUUGUCUGCCUCAUUUUUUGGCUCAUUUUUAGUAUCAUGGGAGUGAACCUAUUUGCAGGAAAAUUUGGAAAAUGCGUUAACUUGACUGAAGAAAAAUCAGAAAUAAAUAACAGUAUUAAGAACAAAUUGGAUUGUACAACCUAUAAUGACACACAAAAAAUAUAUUGGAUAAAUGUUAAAGUCAACUUUGAUAAUGUUGGUUCUGGUUAUCUGGCUCUUCUUCAGGUGGCAACAUUUAAAGGUUGGACAGACAUUAUGUAUGCAGCAGUAGAUUCACGAGGGAAAGAAAAACAGCCAAAGAAGGACAAUAAUCCAUACAUGUACCUCUAUUUUGUGGUUUUCAUCAUCUUUGGAUCUUUCUUCACACUGAAUCUCUUUGUUGGUGUUAUUAUUGACAAUUUUAACCAACAAAAGAAAAAGAUAAGUGGACAAGACAUCUUUAUGACAGAAGAACAGAGAAAAUAUUAUAAUGCAAUGAAAAAACUGGGAUCCAAGAAACCCCAAAAACCCAUCCCAAGGCCUUUGAACAAAUACCAAGGUUUUUUUUUUGACAUCGUAACAAGUGAAGCCUUUGAUAUUAUCAUCAUGAUUCUCAUCUGCCUUAACAUGAUCACUAUGAUGGUGGAAACUGAUGAUCAAAGUAUAAGGAAGACGGACAUUCUUAACAAAAUCAACAUGUUCUUUGUUGCCAUCUUUACUGUAGAAUGCAUCGUGAAAUUAUUGGCUCUGAGAUACUACUAUUUCACCAAUGGCUGGAACAUAUUUGAUUUAAGUGUGGUCAUUAUGUCUAUUGUUGGUACUCUGGUUUCUCACAUUGUUAAAACAUUUGAAAAUUACUUCUCACCUACACUCUUCAGAGUCAUUCGGUUGGCUCAGAUUGGACGAAUACUAAGACUUGUCCGAGCUGCCAAAGGAAUUAGGACUCUCCUUUUUGCCUUAAUGAUGUCCCUUCCUGCUUUGUUCAACAUUGGCCUCUUACUUUUUCUGGUCAUGUUUAUUUAUGCCAUUUUUGGCAUGGCUAACUUUGCAUAUGUUCAGUGGGAGGGUGGGAUUGAUGACAUGUUCAACUUCCAAACCUUUGCUAAUAGUAUGCUCUGUCUCUUCCAAAUGACAACAUCUGCUGGCUGGGAUGGUCUUCUCAGUCCUAUUUUAAACACUGAACCUCCUUUUUGUGAUCCAAACAUACAAGAUGUUGUGGGAGAAUGCAGUAAACCUGCUAUGGGUAUUAUUUUCUUUGUAAGUUACAUCAUUAUAUCAUUUCUCAUUGUUGUAAACAUGUACAUAGCUGUUAUUUUAGAGAACUUCAAUGUUGCCACUGAGGAAAGUACAGAUCCUGUGGGUGAAGAUGACUUUGAUAUGUUUUAUAAAAUCUGGGAGAAGUUUGAUCCUGAAGCAACUCAAUUUAUUGAGUAUUCUGCACUUUCAGACUUUGCAGAUGCUUUGGCAGAACCUUUACGCAUAGCCAAACCAAACAAAUUUGAGCUCCUAGCAAUGGACCUUCCCUUGGCUAGCGGAGAUAGGAUCCACUGUUUGGAUAUUUUGUUUGCUUUUACCAAACGGGUGCUAGGAGAAUCUGGGGAGAUGGACAAACUAAAAGAACAGACAGAGGAAAAGUUUAUGGCUGCCAAUCCAUCCAGGUUUUUUCAUGAACCAAUCACAUCCACGCUCAGACACAAAGAAGAGGAGGUUUCUGCCAUUAUUAUCCAGAGGGCCUAUAGAAGUCAUUUGAUUCAACGGUCCAUGAAGCAGGCCUCUCUCUUAUAUCACAGAACUUGUGAUGGUGACAUCCUUGAAGAUGUUUCACAGAAGGAAGGUCUCAUUGCAUUCAUGAUGAAUGAAAAUUAUGGUAGGAAUCUAGACAAGUCCGAGACUAUGUCUUCAACAUCUUUCCCUCCAUCCUAUAACAGUGUCACCGAGGACACUAAUGACAACCUCCAGAUCUUUGUGACUCUUAUGACAUCAUGA